AUGUCCGACAAGCUCACCCGUGUUGCCAUCAUCUCUGACGACAAGUGCAAACCCAAGCGAUGCCGUCAAGAAUGCAGGAGAUCAUGUCCCGUGGUCAAGAUGGGCAAGCUUUGUAUUGAAGUCAACCCCACCGACAAAAAGGCGUUCAUCUCUGAAGAGCUCUGUAUUGGUUGUGGUAUCUGCGUCAAGAAGUGCCCCUUCGAAGCCAUCCAAAUUCUCAACCUUCCCACCAACCUCGAAUCCCAUGUCACCCACCGUUACGCCGCCAACGCCUUCAAACUUCAUCGUCUCCCCACCCCCCGUCCCGGCCAGGUUCUCGGUCUCGUCGGUACCAACGGUAUCGGUAAAUCCACCGCCCUCAAAAUCCUGUCUGGCAAGCUCAAGCCCAACCUCGGUCGCUACGACGACCCACCAGAGUGGCAGGAGAUUUUGAAGCACUUCCGAGGAAGUGAAUUGCAAAACUUUUUCACCAAAGUGUUGGAAGACGACAUUAAGGCUGUCACCAAGCCUCAGUAUGUGGAUCAGAUCCCGAGGAGUAUUAAGAUCCCCAACAUGACCGUUGGCAAGAUGUUUGACAGGCAGUCGGAGACGGGCCAGCGGGAGCAACUCGAGACGGAUCUCGAGCUCACGCACCUGAAAGACCGAGAGGUCUCUCAGUUGUCUGGAGGAGAGCUCCAGAGGUUUGCCAUCGGUAUCGCCGCCUGCAGAACCGCCGACGUCUACAUGUUUGACGAGCCUUCAUCGUAUCUCGAUAUCCGUCAGCGUCUUGCUGCCGCUUUGGUCAUCCGUGGCUUGGUAACCGCCACCAACUAUGUCAUCGUUGUCGAGCACGAUCUUGCUACCCUUGAUUACCUCUCUGACUUCGUCUGUGUCCUCUACGGUGUUCCCGGUACCUAUGGUGUUGUUACCAUGCCUUACUCUGUCCGAGAAGGUAUCAACAUCUUCCUCGACGGUAUGAUCCCCACCGAAAACCUCCGUUUCCGAGACGAAUCUCUCACGUUCAAGAUUGCCGAGACUGCCGACGAGCUCCAAGCGCCCAAGACCCGACGAUACAAGUACCCCGACAUGGUCAAGACGCUCGGCGACUUCAAGCUGCACGUCACUGCGGGCGAGUUUGCCGAUUCCGAGAUUUUGGUCUUGUUGGGAGAGAAUGGUAUGGGCAAGACGACGCUGGUGCAGCUGCUAGGCGGAAAGAUGUUGGCGGAUGGUGUGACGGACAAGAUUGAGAUGCGGGUUUCUAUGAAGCCUCAGACGAUUUCGCCCAAGUUCCCGGGUACCGUUAGGCAGUUGUUGUUGAAGAGGAUCAAGGGAGCUUUCAUGCACCCUCAAUACAACUCUGAUGUCCUCAAGCCUAUGAAUUUGGAGCCCAUCAUGGACCAGGAAGUCCAGACAUUGUCUGGUGGUGAGCUGCAACGAGUCGCCAUUUGUCUCGUGCUCGGUGUCCCCGCCGACGUCCUCCUUAUCGACGAACCCUCCGCGUACCUCGACUCCGAACAACGUAUCCACGCCUCCAAGGUCAUCAAGAAGUUUGUCAUGUCUUCCAAGCGUACCGCGUUCAUCGUCGAGCACGAUUUCAUCAUGGCCACCUACCUUGCCGACCGAGUUAUUCUCUUUGAAGGUCAGCCUGGUAAGGAGUCUUAUGCGAGGAAGCCGGAGGGUCUGUUGUCGGGUAUGAACAAGUUCUUGAAGAGCUUGGACAUUACUUUCCGAAGAGAUCCUACCAACUUCCGACCUCGUAUCAACAAGAUGGACUCUUUGAAGGACAAGGAGCAGAAGUCUUCUGGUGCCUACUUCUUCGUUGACUCUGACUAG